CGGGCCAGGGGGCGCCUCGCGCUGCGGCGGCUGGCGAGGGCGAUGCAGUGAGGCCGGACGGGCGGGCGCGCUGGGCUGGGGCCUCGGCGGCGCUGCAGGGAUGUGACGCGGGCCAGCGGGAGCGUCGGCGCUGCGGGGCCGCGGGGGUCGAGAGAAAGAUGAGAACCCAUCCCGUGCUCGCCUUCCUCCUGCUCUUCGUGAUUGCCUCUGGGGCCUCUGAGAACGCCAGCACGUCCCGGGGCUGUGGGCUGGACCUUCUCCCGCAGUACGUGUCCCUGUGCGACCUGGACACCAUCUGGGGCAUCGUGGUGGAGGCCGUGGCCGGGGCGGGCGCCCUGAUCACACUGCUCCUGAUGCUAAUCCUCCUGGUGCGCCUGCCGUUCAUCAAGGACAAGGAGAAGAAGGACCCCGUGGGCCUCCACUUCCUCUUCCUCCUGGGGACCCUGGGCCUCUUUGGGCUGACGUUCGCCUUCAUCAUCCGGGAGGACGAGACCAUCUGCUCGGUCCGCCGGUUCCUCUGGGGCGUCCUCUUCGCGCUCUGCUUCUCCUGCCUGCUGAGCCAGGCGUGGCGCGUGCGGAGGCUGGUGCGCCACGGCAAGAGCCCGUCAGGCUGGCAGCUGGUGGGCGUGGCCCUGUGCCUGAUGCUGGUGCAGGUGAUCAUCGCCGUCGAGUGGCUGGUGCUGACCGUGCUGCGGGACGCCAAGCCGGCCUGCGCCUAUGAGCCCAUGGACUUCGCGAUGGCCCUCAUCUACGACAUGGUACUGCUCGUGGCCGCCCUGGGGCUGGCCCUCUUCACGCUGUGUGGCAAGUUCAAGAAGUGGAAGCAGAAUGGGGUCUGCAUCCUGGUCACGGCCUUUCUCUCCGUGCUCAUCUGGGCUGCCUGGACGACCAUGUACCUCUUCGGCAACGCUGAGCUGCGGCGGGGCGACACCUGGGGCGACCCCACCUUGGCCAUCGCGCUGGUGGCCAGCGGCUGGGUCUUCGUCAUCUUCCACGCCAUCCCGGAGAUCCACUGCACCAUCCUUCCGGCCCCCCAGGAAAACACCCCCAACUACUUCGACACGUCGCAGCCAAGGAUGCGGGAGACGGCGUUCGAGGAGGACGUGCAGCUGCCGCGCACCUACAUGGAGAACAAGGCCUUCUCGAUGGAUGAGCACAAUGCAGCUCUCCGAACGGCAGGAUUUCGCAACGGCAGCUUGGGAAACAGACCCAGCGCUCCGUUCAGAAGUAACGUGUAUCAGCCAACUGAGAUGGCCGUUGUGCUCAAUGGGGGGACUAUCCCAACUGCUCCGCCAAGUUACACUGGAAGACACCUCUGGUGAAAGACUUUAAGUUCCAGAGAAUAAGAAUCUCUCUUACCGAUUUUACUCCCUGGCUGUGUCUUUCUUGAGGGAGAAAUCAGUAACAGUAGCUGAACAAGGCCGCCUUGCAGCCAGGAGAUCUGGAAAUCCUAGACAAGGGGAUUUCGUGUAAAUGUGAACACUGCUGAACUGAAAAGCUAACACCAACUGCCCCCCCCUCCCCUGCCACGCACAGCACCCCUACACACACGUAAUACCAAACCAACCUCAAACCCUGCAAACUAAAGCAAAGCUAAUUGCAAAUAGGAUUAGGCUCACUUGAAAAUGUGGCUGGGAAGACUGUUUCAUCCUUUGGGUGUAGAACAGAACCAAGUUCACAGCCAGUGGGCCUGGCUGGUGUUUGUUGGUUGAAUAUGGAGAUCCUACACCAUCGCCCCUCCCCAGCAAGUGCUGGAUCCCAGGUGACCUCUGGAGAUGACCAUUUCACUGAGGAGCACGAAUGGGGGCUUUCCCACAGCCCUGCCUGUUCGUUUCCGCAUUUCAGGGGAGUCAGGAGCCGUUAAGGAGAUUGUGGGUGUGAUUCUGAGGUGAGGCCCUACCGAAUCAUGGGGAGAGCUUUACAAGCAGUGGUGGAAGGAGCCUGGCAUGUGCCAAAUAAGAAAAGGCUGAUGGGAGUUGAAGGGACCAUCACACUUAGAAAGUGGCGGCCAGCCACCGCUCCUUCCCUGAGCCUGGUGCUCUGGCUUUGAUGGCAGGAAGCAAGCCCACCUCCCUGGGGGGGGCGUUUCUGGCUGGGGCAGCCUCUCUCCCCUGAUCACCUCUCCCUCUUCCUGCCUCAGGAGUGUUCCUCCAGCCCUUCCCCAGUUCUAUCCCCAUAUCCAUUUCAGAAGCUCAAAUGGGGCCAACAGCUCAAAGUGCCCUGGCUUGGCCCAGAGGCAGAGACCACAGCAGAUUUUCCAUGAUGCUGUCACCGGGCCGGGGUGGAGAGGUAACACCUGCUGCCUACCAAGCAGUGAGUUCUUGGGUCUUCUAUGCAGAUGUAGUGAAAAGUCCAAGGUGGGUGGAGCACGUGAGGAUUUCUUGCUGCUUUGGGAAGGUGUGAGGGACAUUUCUGUCUUGGGUUUCUGUAAGUUUCAUGAAAAUGGUUCUCUUCAAAACCCAUUGUUUCUGUCAUGGUUUCCAUCUGCCCUAAGCAAGUCAUCCCUUUAUUUGGCAUUUCAAACACCUCGGCCAUUAAAAGCCCCAUGUUCUCUGCACUGUUUGGCCAGCAUAAUUGCUAGCAAUGAUUCACAGCAAAGAGUUUUAACCUGACAGCUGGAAUGUAUAAAUGAGGGUGGGUCCUUUUGCAUAUACUCUAAUCACUGUAUUGCUUUUUUCUAUAAAACAACCCAUAAGCCUUUAACCUUUAAAGAACAUGAAAAAAGGUUAGUGUUUGGGGGGAAACUGACCUCUUCAUAAGCCAAUAUGUCUGAGCUGAGUGUGUUUUAAUAAACCUUCUGAUUUUUCUCGAG